AUAUAAAUGUGAUCACAUCGAGACUCAUGUGUCUUACAGUCCAGACCUCGUGUAUAUUUCUAUUAGAGUUUUUGAGGGACAAAAUUAUUCAGAUAAGGUGUAAUUUUUAGGAACCAAAAUUUGAUAUAGGAUGGAACAACGUGCCCCGUAAAGUGUGACCUUAAAUAAAGUAUUUUUUAAAAAUCGGAGAGAAUUUAAAAACACGAUGUCCAUCUAUACUUUAUCCCUCGUCCUGAUUUUGCUAAUCUCGUCCCCCUCGGAUUGUCUGAGGAAGGAGGAGACAUCAAAUUUGCAACGUUUGUCACGUGCCCAUCUAGAAUUCGCACUUUCCCUGUUUCGCACCGUUGCGGGGGAGACGAGUGCGGGGGACAAUGUUCUCUUGUCCCCGUACAGCGUGGCGUCCGUCCUGUCGCAGUUGUGGUUGGGAUCAGCGCCCGAGUCGGGAACGUUUACUCAGCUGGAGAACGUUCUGCACUACAAAGACGGCGGUCUAGGACCGGAAAAGGUUCACGCCGUCUUCCAUUCUGGACUGGAUACCGGGGACGAUCCUGAUUUUCAGAGCGUAGUAAAGCAGGGGAACGCGCUCUUCCUGCAAGACGGGAUCCCGAUCGAGUCGUCUUAUCGCCGCGACCUGCGUCACUUCUACAACUCUUCCGUGGAGGAGGUCGACUUUUCGCGGGAGGACGCCACGCUGCGGAUCAAUCGCUGGGUGUCCAAACGAACGGGGGGCUUCAUCCCCACGCUGAUCGAGAGUCCGCUCCCCGCCUCCACAAAGUUGGUCCUCGUCAACGCCCUGGCGCUCAAGGCCUUCUGGAAAAAUAGCUUCGAUCCCACGAGAACCGCGGCGAGUGGGAUUUUUCAUCGAGGACCGAAUGCAAAACUCGAGAUCCCAAUGAUGGCUGGAAAGUUUAAGGUUUUGCUUGGUGAAAGUGACACGCUUCGAUGUCGCUUGUUAGAGUUACCGUUUCGUGGCAAGCGCUUAUCCAUGUUUAUCAUGUUACCGGAUGAGGACGUGUCCUCGUCGAAAUCGUCAUCGUCAAGAUUGUCCCAUUUGGAGGAAAAUUUGACGGCACAGAAUCUGAAAAAAUUAUUUGCAUCGUUACGAGAGGAAAUGGUCCACAUUCGAAUGCCACGAUUCAGCAUGGAGGACACGUCUCGAUUGACGGACACUUUGAUGACGUUAGGACUGCGAGAUAUUUUUGACCCUAGUCAUGCCAACUUUUCCAGAAUAUCGGCAUCCGAAGAGGAGAAAAUCAGCGUGUCCACGUUAGCUCACAAGGUAAGUCUCGAAAUAACGGAGAAAGGGGCGCACGCCGCUGCCGCGACGGCCACGGGGAUCGAGCGCUUUGGCGAAAUUGGUGAAUUUUUCGAAAUCAAUCGUCCUUUCGUCUUCUUCAUUUGGGACUACGUUUCCGGAGCUUUGCUGUUCAUUGGACGGGUCGCUGAUCCAAAACCGCUGGCAGUACCGUGAAAUCUUAAGACUACUCACAACGGAGGUCUCCCAGCAGUUGCUCUCCGAUUUUGAGCAAACUUGUCUCAAUCGAUGCCAAAUUUAGUUAGUAUGAAAUUUGCGAAAGACACGAUCUCCCAAUGGGCACGUUUGGCCGAGAUAUUUGCAUCCGAAGAGGAGAAA